GCGGUGGGCGGGCGCAGCUAAGAAAAUUAUAAGGUCAUUUGAAUUACGCUUGCUAGCGAGCUUAUCGGCUACAAUGAACCUAGAAAUGAUAUCAAUGGUUGUGACAAUGAGCGGAUGAUGAUCGCGGGGUCAAAGUCGACGCUCACAGCCAGGCGUAUUUGACUCCCCACCGGAGGGAGAGGAGCGGCAGCAGCAGCUCGUUGUGGCAUUACAACAGGAGGGGAUCCCGGUCGGUGCGUGUGUCUGUGUCUGCGUGCGUUUCUGUGAGCCUCUGUCAAGCCAAGCGAGCGGCGGCGAGGAGCGGCGAGGACGACCAGGAUAGCCUGUAAGCCGAUCAAAGCGGAGUCGCACACGACGAGUUUCACGUCUGGGAUUUCUGCGCACCUACAUGCUGUGACGGUGUGAGCGAGGAUGAUCCGUCUAGCGUGUUGCACAGCCCUGCUGUUCGUGCUGAGGCUGCUGGUGGGCUUGCCGUGGUACCAGGUUCUCCCGGCCAUCCUGAUCUUCUACCUGGGAAGUGGAGGAUGGAGCUUCCUGCAGAUUUUUGCCAAGACAGUCGGCAGAGACUUACAUGCGGCAAGUGUGCUAUUGAGGGUGAAGAUGAAUGUCAGACGUCACCUUAAAGAAAAGAACACCAUUCCCAAAAUCUUUGCUGAAACAGUGCAACGCCACGGGGACAAAACGGCACUCAUCUUCGAGGGGACCGGGGAGAGGUGGACCUUCCGGCAGCUGGAUGAGUACUCCAACAGAGUGGCCAACCUGCUGCUGGAGCGGGGCUUCAGGGAGGGCGACGUGGUUGCCCUCUUCAUGGAGAACAGGUCCCAGUACGUGGGCCUCUGGCUGGGCAUGGCCAAGAUCGGAGUCGAGGCCGCUUUGAUCAACUUCAAUUUGAGACUAGAGGCCUUGGUCCACUGUGUCAACAUCUCCAAUGCCAAGGCUGUGGUGUUUGGCGCGGAGCUGACUGACGCGGUGUCCGAGAUCCACAGUUCAAUGGGGAAGACGGUGCAGAUGUUUUGCUCCGGAGACUGGGACCCCAAACGAGUCCCGCAAGGAACCGAGUGCCUAGAGCCCCUGCUGGAGGGCACCCCAUCUCACCUGCCAAGCAGGCCACAACGAUGCUUCACAGAUCGCCUGUUCUACAUCUACACGUCAGGAACCACUGGGAUGCCUAAAGCUGCUAUUGUUGUGCACAGCAGGUACUACCGCAUGGCAGCCUUGGUGUAUUAUGGCUUUAGGAUGACAUCAGAUGAUGUGCUGUAUGAUUGCCUUCCACUCUACCACUCUGCAGGUAACAUUGUGGGAGUGGGCCAGUGUAUCAUACAUGGCAUGACUGUAGUCAUCAGAAAGAAGUUCUCCGCCUCGCGUUUCUGGGAUGACUGUGCCAAAUACAACUGCACUAUUGUGCAGUACAUUGGUGAGAUCUGCAGAUACCUGCUGAACCAGCCAGUUAAGGACACAGAGAAGCAACAUCGGGUGCGCAUGGCACUGGGCAACGGCCUGCGCCAGUCCAUAUGGGAGGAGUUCAUGAAGCGUUUCAACAUCCCACAGAUAGCAGAGUUCUACGGAGCCACAGAGUGCAACUGCAGUCUCGGCAACUUCGAUAACAAGGUUGGAGCGUGUGGCUUCAACAGUCAGAUUCUACCGUUCAUCUACCCCAUCAGACUGGUGCGGGUUGAUGAGGAGACCAUGGAGCUCAUUAGGGGACCUGAUGGUGUCUGUAUUCCCUGUAAACCUGGUGAACCUGGGCAGCUAGUCGGCAGGAUCAUUCAGAAUGAUCCCCUUCGGAGGUUUGACGGAUAUGUCAACCAAUCAGCAACCAGCAAGAAGAUUGCUCAUAGUGUUUUCAAGAAGGGAGACAGUGCCUAUCUCUCUGGCGAUGUGUUGAUCAUGGAUGAGUGCGGCCACAUGUACUUCAAGGACCGCACAGGAGACACUUUCCGCUGGAAAGGAGAGAACGUCUCAACAACCGAGGUGGAGGGAACUCUCAGCAGGCUGCUAGACAUGAAAGAUGUAGUUGUCUAUGGAGUGGAAGUACCAGGAGCAGAGGGAAAGGCUGGAAUGGCAGCCAUCGCUGAUCCGUCUCACUCCACUGACCUGGAGAAGUUUGUGAAGGACAUGGAGAAGGCUCUGCCUCCGUAUGCCAGACCUGUAUUCCUCCGCUUCCUUCCGGAGGUCAACAAGACAGGAACGUUUAAGUUUCAGAAGACGGACUUGCGCCGGGAAAGCUUCGACCCCACUGUGGUGUCAGACAGACUGUACUUUAUGGAUUCCAAAAGAGGGUGCUAUGUGCAGCUGGACGAGGAGCUUUACCGCUCCAUACUGUCAGGGAAACACAAAUUGUGAUGAGCAGGCUGACCACUACAUCUACACAUGUACACAUAGACACACACGCAUACAGAAAAGACAUUAAUGUGUGACCAGGAUAGCAGAAUGCAGGACUUCGCCCCAGUAUACAGUGCAUUUAAAGUAAUAGCCAUACACACUCCGUGCAUCCGUACUCAUAUGCCAACACAUACACACACAUUAUAUUCCCCAAACCCACUUUGCUCUUUGUGAUCCCUAAAAACAGACACACACACACACACACACACAGCAUCACUCCAUCCAUCCCCAGCUACUCCUCUCGCUACCUCAGCAAACACAGAGAGAGGCACAAACCUAGUAACCAGGUCAAUUUGGUAACUUGAAACCACCCUUCAUAGCCACACACUCCCUGCCCACACAGGCCUCAAGAUAGACACGUCUGGCCAUCCUGGUCCAUCAAACCACGUGUUGCUGGGGGACACUCCUUGGGGGGACGCAGAGUUCAGGCUCCCUUGCAACCAGAAUGCAAAACUUGAAACUGCAGAUAACCACAGACUUAAAAGGAUGCUGAGAAGAAUGUGGAUUCAGUACAAAAAGUGUGCACAACAGAGGGACCUACGAGGACCUAAACUGUCACUCGGUUCGUUGUAUCGUCAGCGAGAUUGUUUUGUGAAAGACUGAAGGCUCUACCAUCGACUCAACCUGCACAAUUAGCCUGCAGUGAUAACCCUGUGUGACACCUUUACUCUAUCUGAGGUUAACUGUGUCUUCAUUUCUGCCCGUGAGAUGAAAUGAGUAAAGGGCACCAAGUUUUUUUUUAAAAAAAAGGGAACAACAGAAGGAUGUGAGGGAUUUUGGAAAGCAUUGGACGUGUAACCCACGGUUACAGAAGUUAAAUUUAGACCAGUGGUUGAGGUGGAAAGAUCUACUAAAGUGCAAUAGGGCUCCAGCGUUUGCAGUGCAAUAAUCAGCCGCACCACAGGAGAGCUGAUAUAAAAAACAAAGCUUUGUAUUUAAAUAUGUCACACCAAAUAUGUUUAAGUUGUAGUGCUUGUUUACAUAUUUAAGAAAAUAUGGAAGUUUUAGUAAUUUAUGUUUAAGCUUUCUCUUUUGUUAUAGUGCAGGUUAUUUUUGCUUUACGUGUAUCCAAAUCUUCAGUAACUUUUGAAGUCCUCAAAAAUGAAGCUGCAGUAUGCAUUUUAUAUCAGCUGCUGGAACACAAAGUCAAGUGGUCUGACUGAUUCAACCCUGGGCUAAAUCAAUGGGGCUAUUUCUGUAAACACAUGCUGACACGCAGUGUGUUUGCAUGGCUGUGUUGUGCAGGUUUUGUCCGAAAAGGUAGACUGUCGUACGGUGUGUGUAUAUUCUUCUGAAACUGAAAGAGGACUUUACUGAAGAUAAAGAAGCACCAAAUCGCACCAUCAGCGAGGACUUGUGUUUUCAACAAUACUCUGGUGCUAAAGAAGGAUGUUCUGCCAGACACAACAGAGCCGAAAGAUCCAAAGAUUCAAAGGCCAGAGUGGGGACGUUGUGACGGAGGGGGUUGCGUCGAAAUGGAACAGUAGAAGAAGAAACUGUGCUUUGUCAUCGAUGUUUUGUCUGUUGCUUGCACUAGCUGUCAUCAGAGGUUGUAGCAGCAUGAAUGAGCAUCAUCAACCACGCAAGCAGAGCACUGUGCCUUACUGUGAGUUCACCUCCCAGAUUCACAGGCCCUGGCCCACAUCAUAGUACCUGUCUCAUCUGUCUUCAAGUUCCCCGUCAUAGUAGCCUCGCAAAGCUGGCCUAAAUCGUGGGAGCUCAUACUUUUAUUCUUAAAAAUGAUCUGUGUAGAAUCCAUGGCAGCACAGCGACUGGCGCCUUCGUCCUGCCAGGUGCAGGAAGAGGUUGUGAUGAUGUCUAAGUGGGCAAGAGUCCAAAUUUUGCAAGCAGUGGCGCCCCCAGGGUGGGGCAUGACCUCCCUGAUAAAACAGCUAUCCCCAACACUUGUGAAAAUAAUAGGAGGCCAGUAUCAUCAUCUUGGAGAGGCUUUGUCUCACUCAUUUUUUAAGCUAGCCCAAGGUAUUGGUAUCUUGUGAAACUAGACAACCUUAGGCAUCAAUUGGUACCGACCACAUUGGCAAAGCGGGGUGGGGGCUGAAUGAAGCCUUGCAAUAAGGUUAAAUUUUGGUGAGGGAACAACUGGCACAUUUUCAAAGGGGUCCCUUAAAAUGUCACGUCAAGAUAUCUCAGUCUUUUUUCAUGAAAAGGACAACCACCCUGUUUGAAGAACAAAGAAUCCUCUAAAAGGCUUGGAUGGUAUCUAAUUUUUAAUACCUUCAUACGUUCCUGAAAUUUCACCAGGGUAUACAUUAUAAGACCGUAUUAUUGUGCGGCACUAACCCAACCCCACGACUAGCGAGACUUAGCUUCUGCAGUAUAAUAAAUAGUAAGUAUAUUUUCCUUAUUUAACAACAGAAUACAACAAUUCAAGUUUCUCUCUUUAAACACACAAAGACUAACGUAAUUGACCUGUUAACCCACAAUUAAACAUACUUCAUUCAAACAUGACAGAAACAAAAUUAAACUUACCAAAACCGACUUGGUUAGUCUUGUUAGUCCUUUAGGUAGUUAGUCCACUGUCCCAACAAUGAGCAGCUCUGAUUUGGUCGAAAUAAACCAUUAAUUUACCGAGUUAGAUGUAAAAAUGUGCCAUUUACAGUACUGUAAUGUUAUCCCCACAACCACCAGCUGCCUGUUCCACCAGUGGAGAAUAGAGACUGACCUCUGGUGGUGAGUGCUGUUCACUACACAAUAAGUUUAAUAGAAAGAGGACUGACUGAAUUUUUGUCGGUAUUGAAAAUCAUAAAGUCAGGAUUUUUUAAUACCCUGGUAUACCGUAAUACCAUGAUCUUGCCCAAGCCUAUCAGCAAACAUGCAUUGAUACUUACUACAUUUGUUCCACUAUCAGUCUGCGCACAUCAGAUCUUUAGUAACGUUAACUGUAAAAUAAGAAACCAAAGUACUGUGUGAUUCCUUAAGUCUCUUAUUGACCUAGUUUUCAACAAGCCUACGUACUUUAACAGCAUAAUCAAAUUCCUGAAAUUCAGUUAUGGUGUUUUGAUGUGCCACCCCAAGAUUGUCAGUGGCCCUUUCCGGGGCAAAAUACAAAAUAUUUCUGGGGGCGCCACUGUUUGCGAGGCUGCUGUCACAGCGUCUUGUCUUCCUUUGAGUCUCUUCCGGUCUUAGUCCAAACUGUAACCUUAAUUUAUCUUCUAGGUAUUCGUUACUUGUUUUUUUUUUUUUUUUUUUUUUUUCUUUUUUGGGGGGGUUGUCUUAUAGAUAUUGUAUGCCCGAGACUCCGUUUGCUCAGCACCUUUACUUCACGCCUUCAUCAUCUGUCUGCCAACCACUGGUCCUUUCCCUUCAGCCAUCUCUAUUCUCUUUCCUCCCUGUCCUUGGCCCUCCAUCCCUCCGAGCUGGCACCGCCGUUUGAUCCUUUCUGUCUGCGUCAGGUACCGAGCCUCUAUUCUCUGCCAUGUCUGCUUCAUCUUGUUGUGCUGAUGUUCAGACAAUGGUUUAAACUGUAGUUAUAUUCAUUCCUAAUUGGAGUUUGUUUAGUGUUUGAUGGGGCGGGCUUUUUUAAGAUUGUUCUGGUGACCUAAAGCUCCAACUACACACUCAGAAUUGUUCGCAAAUAUCUUUUGCCGAUGUGUGUUGUGCGUAGUCUGCCAUUACCCUGUGACUUCUUGUCUUACUUUUGCAACUGACCACAUCCCAGGCCACCUACAGUACAGCCAGGCUGGCUGUCGCCAACAGUGGUUGUGUAACUGGCUGUAGUGUAGAGGACUUAUUCAUCAUUAGUUUUCUUGCAGCAACGCUUUGUUGUUCUCCGCAGACUGAUUCUCGAUAUCUUUAAACGGCUUUUCUUAGUUGGUACUUUGCACUGACUGACACAGUUGACCUUGGCGGCUGCAGUCUGCUGACAGUGAUCGUCAAAGUUGCUCUCACCUAUUAUUUCCCUGUUUCGGGGGAAAGACCAACAAAGCCGUUUGACAGAAAUUGAGAUUCAUCCCUGCCUCCUCUGUGGCUCAAAGAGUCUCGCUCUCACUUAUAUUUAUUCUUUAAUGAGUGUGUAAUGUUCUCAUGAAUGUCUGAAAUAGCAAAUGAGUGACCAAUGACGAUGAUGAUGAUAUAAAGUGUAAUUUACGUAUCUAAGGGAACACAGUUUGGCUGUUAUGAUGCUUGUGGCUGAGGGGUUUGUUAACCCUGACCAAACAGUCCCACGGCAGAGCACUCUCAAUACGAUGUUUCCAUUUUUCACUUCUUCUUUUUUUUUUUAAUAAGUUUAAAUUAUUAUUUUUUUGAAGGAACUGUUAAUUAUACUUCGAUUGUUUAUACUUUGAUUGCUGUAUGUGUUUACUUUUGUUUUCUUUGCGUGAAGUCAGAGCUUUUGUGAUUUUGGUAUAAAACGGGAUUCAUGCAUGAGUGUAAGACAAUCGAAUGGCAGUUUUUGUUUUUGUUUCUUCUUUUAUUUUUACCUUUUUAUAAAAGGCACUAGGAACCAGCCAGGGAGGAACUUUUUUUGGAUUCAGUUGGUGUAGUAAUAGAUGUUGACCAGGAGCCAAUUUACUGUUUCUCAGCUCAUAAAUAUUGUUUCAAAUGUAGAUCGUUAAACCGGAUAUGUCAACUGAAGGCCUGCAGGGAGUGGGGCAGGGUGUAUAGAAGUUUUGAGACACCUGUUUGACCACAGGGGGGCGCUAUGUCCUUUCUCGUAAAAGGGAGAGUGAAGGAGGCACCAUGUCAUCAUUUUAUCAUUGCAGCAGAGGACUAAUGAACAGACCUAAUGAUUACAACUUUAAGGAACAGUGUGUAGGAUUUAAGGGGAUUUAUUGGCAGAAAUGAACUAUAAUAAGUAUGUUUUCUUUAGUAUAUGAUCACCUGAAAAUAAGAAUUGUGUAGAAUGAGACGUUUAUAUUUACAUAGGGAGUGGGUCCUUGUCCAUGGAGAUUGCCAUGUGGCACCACCAUGUUUUUACAGCAGCCCAGAGUGGACAAACCAAACACUGACUCUAGUUCAGCCCUCUGCGACGAGCCAAACAGCUUUGGAAAAACUCCGAUUUAUAGUGUGAAACUGCUGUAGUCAGUGUUUUUACCUGUUUUAAUCACCUGGUCCGUUUGUUAUGGAGAGAAAGAGACCUCUGCGGACAAUUCGUCUCCGAAUAAAACCCCCCUGAACCCCAAAAACCAAAGGAAUCCUAAUUGGGAGAUUCUUCAGCUUCUUCACCACUAGAUGCCACUAAAUCCUACACACUGCUCCUUCAAACUACUGUAGAAAUAUGUUUAUGAAAAUGAAACUUUAUUCAUAUGUUAAACAAAUUUAAAACAUCUAAAUGGUUUAGUUGGCCUGCUGAUAUUUUUAUUUUCUUCCUCAUUUUUUUUUUCAGCUCAGAAACAAAUGACCAUUUUCCAGGUCCUCUGCCUGUUUUAACGUUAUGUGACCAAUUAAACUGAUUUAUUUCAGCCCCCUAACACACUCCGACUAUAAAUUUGGUGAACAUACGUUUAUUGGGUUGAGCUCCAAAGUGACCAAUCUUGUGAAAAAGCCUCAAGAGGCAUCAAACUGUCACCACCAGUCUUCCCAGUGCUUCGUUAGAUCAAUCAACUUGAUCAGAGUCUCUGAUUGUAAAAGCACUGUAAAAAACACUGGUGAUCAAAAAACAAGACACUUCUAAAAUCCUAGUUAAGUUUGUAAUGUGGAGAUCAUUACAGGCCUUAGAGUGAUUCAGGAGCCCUGGCUGAAGAAUUGUAACAUUUCUGUGUCUCUGGUCUCGCUGUCCCUCAUACCUCUGAUCAACAUCUUCCCACGCUGCUUUUUGCACUUAUUGUUUGUCUGUUUUUCCCCGUCGUGGUCUUCAGGAACAUCGAGCAUUGCUAGAGAAGGAAACGAGUUUGUACACGUCUGCCUAUAUGUGUGAAAGUUUUUAUUGUUUUUAUUUUGUGGUCUCGUCGCACAGGUGGCGGCUUGUGCGGAGUGUGUAGGGGGAGGUCUGUGAGGUGUGCUGUGUGUGUGACACACUGAUGUCCUCUUGUCCACUGAAGGCUAGCUGUAUACAUCGUGUAUUUCAAGAGAAUGAGAUAAAAGCUGCAAAUGGAAAAUCAUUAUUAAUAAAAACUAUUUAAAUUGUUCACUUUGACUCAGGUUGUUGAAACACUUUAUUUGAUUGACACCUGCUGCGUGUAGCUCAACCCCACAGAUUUUGACUAUUAAAAACCCAAAACAUGGCAGUGAUAUUGUAACAAGUUAACAGCACGGCCAUUUACCCUAGAAACGCUGUGCUCAAUGUACCAAACACUGGGUCAGGCAGUUUACUUUGGGUCACACUUGGACAAUUUCCUGUUAGAUAACUUCCAGUAAAACUGACCUAAAAAGCAUUUGUUUGUCUUUUUGUUUUUUUUUUAAUAAAUUGUGUUUUUUUUUCUUUUGUUAUGAAUUAAUAAACAGUAUGAAUGGCCCCUUUAGGCAGUCUAA